AUCCGCUGUUCUGCGAGCUGUGGAGCAGCCAUGCAAGACUGUCUUGGGUUCUGCUACUCGGCGUCGAACGCGUCGUGCGUGUUGCACAAAUCGUCUGCCUUGUCGAACUCCACGAUGAUCGUCGGCAUGAGAAGCUACUCUUACUACCCCGCUGCCGCUCACGCCACUGCUUUUGCCAACUGCCGAGCCUUGAACAGCUACCUCGCUAUACCGGCAACAGCGUCUGAAGUCACCGAUAUACGCGCUGCCGCUAACGGAGCUGGCGGGAUCUGGAUAGGCAUUGAUGCUGUUGGGCACAACGGACAAAUUUUCACUUCCGGUAGCCCAGCCGAUUACGGAGAUCAACCUGUGAAGUACGCACCAUUCGCUCCUGGACAGCCACAAUAUUUGGCGACCACAGAACAGUGUCUGAUGAUUUGGACAAAUGGAUUCCACGAUGUAAGCUGCACUGCCCUGCUCCAGUACGUCUGCCAGUCGUUUGUACCCUACAGCUGUGUUGCACUGCCUCAUCCUGCCUACUCCGCUGACUACAUGUGCUACAGCAGACUGUAAUAAUUAAACUAGUCACAUCUAUUGCCGUCUGUGACAAGUUUGGUUCACAGUUUGCCGGUACCUGCGUGAAUUGCUUCGUCUCAUCCGAUCAAUCUGACUCAUUGAUCGCACUCAUGCUGCUCCUAUCAU